AUGAGAUCGGUUAUCGAACGGUGGAUUGCUGGCGUUCGUUUUCUCGAGAACCCCCCCAUCUUCCACCCACUGCACAAAUUGCACAGGCCCUCCACAUUGUUUGUUUUGCCUCCCCACUCGCUCCUCGCUGCACAAAGCGAUACUCUGCUCCGCUUCCGCUUCUUGUCAAGCCGUUCAAGCACUGGGAUUACCGCUCGUAUUGUUGACCCAACAGACAUCAGAUUACCAGCAUGUCUGGAAAGGGGGCCAAAGGACUUAUGGGCAAGGGCCCAGAGGGCCUGGACAAGCUAA